UUUUUUAACAGAGUCAUGUGAAGAAAGAAUGAUCCUGUGCGAAGGAAGGAUACUUUCCGCAUUAAAAGAACAAAACAUCUAUCUUGCGGAGCAAAAUGCGGCUUUGCACCGCAAGAUAGAUCUUUUGGCCGAGAAGCUGGCGGAGACCACCGCAGUGGUUAAGAUGAAAUUGAAGGUCGAAGAAAAAACGGUAGAGACAGGGGUUCCCUUCCCCCUUAAGACGGAAGACGACAUAGAGCUCUUCGAGAGCUCUAUGACACCUGAGCUUCGGGAGUUUUACAAAGCAAAAAUAACUAACUUCGCGAGGAAGGAUAACUUCGCAAAAGUUUUGCGAAAAAUUAUUGAUGAUGGCUUGCUGCCAAAUUUUAAUUUGGACGGCACAAACUUGAAAAAGAGGUUUAAAAACUUUACAAACCUCUUUGCUAUUUUAAAAGACGUCUCACAAGAGGUAUUUCCCCUUGAGGAUGGCGAAAAAUAA